UUGUUUGUAUGCGUGUGUGUUUAUUGUGUAUUAUUUUGGGGGUUAUGGAUGGUUAUAUUAGUUUUUAAAGUUAUGGUUGAGCGUAAAAACCCAAGUGUAAACAAACAGAUUAAAAAAUAUAUGUGUAAAAUACCAAGCAGUGGUGAUAGUAUCAUUGAAAUAUGAGGUAUCGUAAAUUCGACAAUGUGGUCAUUUGUACAAGAUAUUGCAGGUUACUUUAUAGAAAAAUAAUCUUUUGAUGUUUUGUAACUGUUUUGAAACGCUUGAUGGAAAAUUUUGAAUAGUAGAUAAUGGAGGAAGUGCCUCUCAGAAUUAGCACUGACGAAAGAGAUUUUGAAAUGGACGAAUAUGACUUUUUACUGCAUCCAUCCGACCGGGACGUUCGUACAGCUUCUACAAGAUACCGUUCUCCAAGAAAGUGCUCACGAUGCUGUUCUGUUAUAUUCUGUGGAUGCUGUUCAUGGUUUUGGAAACGGUGUUGUCGAGAAAGAGAGUUGAGGCCGCGGACAAUUGCUAUUGGUCAUCCUUGUCCUGAGAAAUUUCCUGCAAAUGUUAUCCGCAACCAGAAAUAUAAUAUGUUUACAUUUCUCCCUAUGGUUCUUUUCCAGCAAUUUAAGUUUUUCUUGAAUCUCUACUUUUUGGUGAUGGCUACCAGCCAGUUUAUACCCGAUAUUCGAAUAGGAUACCUCUACACCUACUGGGGCCCUUUGUCAUUUGUACUAACUGUGACAAUAUUUCGAGAAGCGGUGGAUGACAUAAGGCGAUACCAGAGAGAUAAAGAAGUAAAUAGCCAGCGAUAUCGAAGAUUAGCGAGAGGACGUGAUCCUGAAUUGGUACCGUCUUCCAAACUGCACGUUGGGGAUUUGGUGAUCGUGGAGAAGGACCAGCGCGUGCCGGCGGACCUGGUGCUGCUGCGCACCACGGAGCGCUCGGGGGCCUGCUUCGUGCGCACGGACCAGCUGGACGGCGAGACGGACUGGAAGCUGCGCCUGGCCGUGCCGGCCACCCAGAAGCUGGAGCUGGACGCGCAGCUGUUCGACAUCAAGGCCAGCCUCUACGUGGAGAAGCCCCAGAGGGACAUCCACAGCUUCAUCGGCACGUUCACGCGCCACGAUGGCUACGGCAGCGAAGACAGCCUGGACGUGGAGAACACCCUGUGGGCGAACUGCGUCGUGGCCUCGGGGGUGGCCCUGGGGGUGGUGGUGUACACUGGCUCGGAGACCCGCAGCGUCAUGAACAACUCCCAGCCCCGCAGCAAGGUCGGCCUGCUGGACAUGGAGAUCAACCAGCUCACCAAGGUUUUGUUCUGUGCCGUGCUUGGCCUGGCCCUGGUUAUGAUGUGCUUGAAGGGAUUCAGCGGGCCGUGGUACCGCUACAUGUUCCGAUUCGUCCUGCUGUUCUCCUACAUCAUUCCCAUCAGUUUACGUGUGAACCUAGACAUGGGGAAGGCGUUCUACUCGUGGUCCAUGCAGCGCGACAGAGAGAUUGCGGGCACGGUGGUUCGCUCCACCACCAUCCCCGAGGAGUUGGGGCGGAUCUCGUACCUGCUGAGCGACAAGACUGGCACCCUCACCCAGAAUGAGAUGGUGUUCAAAAAACUGCAUCUGGGAACAGUGUCUUUUGGGACUGAGACGUUCGAUGAGAUCUCGUCGCACCUCGGCCUGGCGUUCUCCCAGCCGCCGCCGCCGGACGCCCAGUCGCCGGCCCACAAGCUGCGCCGCUCGGAGGUGACACGCGUGCAGGAGGCGGUGAAGGCGGUGGCGCUGUGCCACAACGUGACCCCGGUGUGGGAGCAGCGCGAGGAGGCCGGCCGGCCCCAGAGCCCCGUGUCUGUCGAGAGCCAGACGGAGGCCGACCAGCACUACCUGGGCCAGAGCUGCGUGUACCAGGCCUCCAGCCCGGACGAGGUGGCGCUGGUGAAGUGGACGGAGGAGGUGGGCCUGGCCCUGGUGCGUCGCGACCUGGUGUCCAUGCAGCUGCGGACACGCGGCGGCCUGGUGCUGUCCUACACCAUCCUGCAGAUCUUCCCUUUCACCUCCGAGACCAAGAGGAUGGGCAUCAUACUCAAGGAGGAGCAGAGCGGGGAGAUAGUGUUCUAUCUGAAGGGGGCGGACGUGGUGAUGUCCGGCAUAGUGCAGUACAACGACUGGCUGGAGGAGGAGUGCGGCAACAUGGCGCGGGAGGGGCUACGCACGCUGGUCGUGGCCAAGAAGACCCUCACCGAGGAGCAGUAUCUCGAGUUUGAGAGCCGAUACAACGCGGCGAGGAUGAGCGUGUCGGACCGAGUGGCUCGCGUGGCUGCCGUCAUCGAGAGCCUCGAGCGGGAGAUGGAGCUCCUGUGCGUCACGGGCGUGGAGGACAGGCUGCAGGAACGGGUCCGGCCGACGCUCGAGCUGCUGCGAAAUGCUGGGAUCAAGGUGUGGAUGCUGACAGGAGACAAGCUGGAGACUGCGACCUGCAUUGCCAAAAGCUCUCGUCUCGUGUCGCGCACGCAGUCUCUGCACGUGUUCAAAUCCGUGGUGACGCGCACGGACGCCCACCUCGAGCUCAACAUGUUCCGCAAGAAGCAGGACUGCGCCCUCGUCAUCAGCGGAGACUCGUUGGAGGUGUGCCUGCAGUACUACCAACAUGAGUUCCUGGAGCUGGCGUGCGGUUGCCCGGCUGUGGUGUGCUGUCGCUGCUCCCCCACGCAGAAGGCGGAGGUUGUGCGACUCGUCAAGAGGCACACGGGCAAGCAGACGGCAGCCGUGGGCGAUGGGGGCAAUGACGUUUCCAUGAUCCAGGCCGCAGAUGCAGGUAUCGGCAUCGCGGGCAAGGAGGGCCACCAGGCCUCGCUGGCCGCGGACUUCUCGGUGCUGCAGUUCAGCCACCUGGCGCGCCUCUUGCUGGUGCACGGCCGCCGCAGCUACAAGCGCUCCGCCUCCCUCAGCCAGUUCGUGAUCCACCGCGGCCUCAUCAUCACCACCAUGCAGGCCGUCUUCAGCUCCGUCUUCUACUUCUCCUCCGUGGCCCUGUACCAGGGCUUCCUCAUGGUCGGAUACGCAACUGUGUACACAAUGUUUCCUGUGUUCUCGUUGGUCUUGGACAAGGAUGUUUCUGGGAAAAUAGCGCUCAUGUACCCGGAGCUGUACAAGGAGCUGAGCAAAGGCCGUUCACUUUCGUUCAAGACGUUCUUCAUGUGGGUGCUGAUCAGCAUCUACCAGGGCGGGGUGAUCAUGUACGGAGCGCUGGUGCUCUUCGAAGACGAGUUCAUCCACAUCGUGGCCAUCAGCUUCACCGCGCUCAUCCUGACGGAACUGAUCAUGGUGGCUCUGACCAUCAGGACCUGGCACUACAUCAUGAUACUGGCGGAGCUCAUCAGUCUAGCUCUCUACAUACUCUCCCUCAUCGUCCUCAAGGACUUCUUCGAUGCCAAUUUCAUCCAGACAACAGACUUCCUGUGGAAGGUUUUGGUGAUUACGCUUGUGAGCUGUUUACCACUCUACAUCUUGAAGUUCCUUAGGAAAAAAUUCUCCCCUCCCAGUUACUCGAAGCUGUCGUAAUGUAAGUUGCAUCAGAGAGCUUCAGCAUCUUUUAUCGCCGUUGUUGGCAUGCUGGCAACACUGACCCGUUUCGUUGUGUCCCUAGUGAGCUGUUGACCGUGAAUCGUGAUGGUGUUUUGAGUGUGUGAGGCCCCAGCCCCAAUGACAGUUCCAUUUAAUUUUUUUUUUUUAAACUGUCAAUGAAAAGCUUGUAGUUGAAUUUUGCAACUAAAAAGUGCUAGUUGCGUCACUACAUUCAAUCUUCAGGAAAUGCCAACGAAGUAGCGUGUAUUCUACUUGUGCGCUGGGGGGUUAGCCUCUAUCCAUGCCACACCCCAGAAGACUUAUUUUAAUUUCAGCCAUUUAUUUUUUUCUCUUCAGUUUUUUUCUCAUUAAAUUCAGAUAUUUAUAACUGAAUCUAAUAACUACACAUUAGAAUUUAUCAGCAUUAUAAUGAAAGAAAUAGACUGCCUAAAUGACAUUCAGGAAAGAUUUGAACAGAAGAUUUUUUUUUUUAAAGUUAUGGAAUGUUAGAAUAUUUUUGUGUGUGUUGUACUGAAAUGGUCUCUGUAAAAUGAUAACAUCUAUUUAAUUGUUUAAUAUCUUUGUAUUUUAAAUUUUGAGUAUUUUAUAAUUAUACUUGGGCUGUAUACAUUUUUUUUUAUUAUUAUUUAAUUAGAUCAAAACAAAUAAGGACAUAGAUAAGUAAUUAUUUAGUUUUGCGGUUACUUUUUUUUUUUUAUAAACUGUACGCAUGAAUUUAAAAAACUUCAUCCCCUUAUAAAUCCACAAGUUAAUGUUACUUGUACUAAAUUACUUAUGUAGCAUUUACAACUUGGCAACAUGUUUAUUACCAGUUAUUUUGUAAUAAUUAGUAUGAGCUUUCUGCUAAAAUAUACUGUUUGCCUUCUGGCUAAAAUAUGCUAUUUGCCCAUAACUUGAAUCCACACAUUUUCAGGAAAAUAAUAUUUACAAAAUUGGAUCACUGCCUGUACUUUAAAAGAAACAAAAGUAGAGUCACUUUCAGCCUGUUUUUGCCUGACCAAUGUGUAUGCUGCACUGAAUAAAUCAUCCUUGCGUAGAUGUCUGGCUGGCCUUUAAUAAUGUGUGAGGCUAGCAUAUAAUAAUUGUAUUCUCGCACUCUUCAUAACUUAAACCUUCCUUCUCUGUAGUGGCCUUUUUUACUCUCUUAGUACAGUAGAACCUCAUUAAGUCAGCCCUCUUACUUAGCUCCGAUAACUCGGAAAGAUUUUGAGUAACAAAUGAAAGGUAAAGCUUAAAAGAAAGUCUUGCGUGAGAAUUGCAGGCAAAGUUUUUGGUUUGAUUGGUGCAUACAGUCUUUAACUGCACUGUACAUCAAGCACCUGUUAUCUGGGACUGUACAUGAUGAUAUUGUCUGAGCCUCAUUCUCAAACAAAAGUAUGUGUAAUUGUGCAGCUCAUUAGGGGUACUCCCCACUAAUGCUUUUCUAAGGAGUAUACUUUAAUAUACACAUUUUUGUUGAGUGAUCUCAGCAUGUUUGUAAGUUGUAAAAUAUGUUUGCCUAUUUUUGUUCAGUAUAAACAUACUUUUUUGUAAAUAUUUGUUGUACUUUGAUUUUGCUACCUUAUAUCCGCUGCAGUCCCAAUUAAUCUGACUUGACGAGGUUCUUCGUACAAUAAAGAAAUUUUUAUUUUGUAACUAAAAUUCAUUCAUUUCUAAUUUUUGAUGAAGAAUAAUUGAGUUGAUACAUACAUAAUUAAAGUAAAUUGGAAGCCAAUUUUUUGUCAAAACACAGGUGUAUUAUAGUAUUGUACCUAAUUUCUUAAGGUUGCAAAUCAAAAGUUUAGGUGGUUAUGUUGUUUUAUUGUCCCAAUGUUAUAAUAAGCAAGUUAAGUAAGCAUUCUAAUGAUUGUAAUGCAGGUUGUGAGUUGGUAUGUGGGAUCUAUUGUAGUUAAGAUAUCCUGGUGUGUGAUUUAAAUGUACACAAGACCCUGAAUAUUUGUGCCUUUCAUUGCACCCUUAAUUUUUUAAGAAUUUUGUUGUUAGUGUGUCGGAGUUUACGAAAACAUUAAAAAAUAUCAGUGUUAAUAUAAUUAGCCUUGAAAAACAAGUAAUUUUUUUUUAAAUUUAGUUAAUGCACAUAUUUUAAAUAUUACACUUUUUUUAAGGAGCUGCCUUUUGAGAGUAUAAGUACAUUUUUUUCUCUGUGGUUGGUAAAUAAAUGUAACAAUUUUUCUAAUAAUUUUAAUAUUCCUGAUAAACUGUAUUACUAAAACUAUAAAAAGCAUGGUUUUUAGAUAAAUGUUAAGGUGGCAAAAUGAAAUUAAUGUAAAUCUUAACAUAUUUUGCAUUUCAAUGAUUUUUUUUUUUGCUUGCCUUUAAAUUCUGCAAAAUCUAUAACAUUUUAAGUAUUUCAAUAUAUUCAAUAUACAAUAUAUUUUGUAUCAAGCUAUACUGUAUGUGUAAAAGUAAGUAUUGCUGUUAAACUGUUUUUUACUGCAGGAAGAUGAAUACUUUUAAAUUGUAUUUCACAUAGGCAAGGCUGCUUUGUUUAAAAACUUAAUAACUGUUAACAUAAAAUCUAUCAGUUUGCUUUAUUUUGGAGAGGGAGUAUUAAAUUAUUUGCAAUUUCAUUAUGCUUUUAAAAAACUGAUGGUACCUGUUACAGUUUUUUUUCCAGUAAUACUAGUAAUCACAGUUUGAACAGAAGUUCUAAAAUAAAUUAUUUUAAUAAGUAUUAAAACAAUUUAUUUUAGAAAAGUUAUCAUCAAAAUUUAGGAACAAUAUCAAAAAAUGUUUUUCUGUUUAAGUCAGAUUGCAGAUGUGCCAGAAUCAAGAGGAACUAAAUUAUCGUUAUAACCUACUAACUAUAAUCGCCAGCAUACAAACUAAUACGUGUGCGAUCAUGUCACUUGUUCUUUCAUAGUAGGUUCGUUACGCUGGUCUGCCAUGAGGUUGUAUAUUUAUUCUUGAAUUACUUUGCUUAUUAUCUUUUUUAUAUUUUAGUGUAAAUUAAAAUGAAACAAUACCUAUAAUGUAUUCUUUUUUAUUCUUCAACAUACUAUACAAACACAGCAGUGGUAGGCAAGGAGAAAAUGGAUAAUUUUUUCAUUACUUUGGACCUAAGUGAGUCAGCAUGAUUACAUUAAAUAAGUUUAUUCGCAGAUUAAUAGCUAAUAUAAUCACUCAAUGGCUUGUCUAUCAGGUAAUGUGGUGAUUAUUGAACGUAAAAUGCCGUGUUAUUUGGUUGUGAGGUUUAAGUGUCGUUCAUUUUGUCUCCUCAGAUUAUUAAUAAAACAUUUAACAUGUUAAACACACAAAAAAUUGCAGAUUGAUUUUUUGCCCAUGUCAUUUCAUAACUCAUUUACAUAUUUAGGAAGAGUUUGGGCAUGAACAUUGAUGGUGCGUAGGAGUCAUAUCUGGUGUUUGAUGGCAUUGUUUUAUAAAGCAAGUGUAUAAAGUUUGGAAGAAGAAAAAAUGAAAUGUGUGAUUUGAUAUGAUAUAACAUACCUAAAUAAUAAUAAUAAAAAAAAACAAUCUGUUAAAGUGAGAUUGUUUUUAUGGCAGUCAACUUUUUUUAAGUAUGAAACUGUUGACCUUUCAAUUUUUUUUAGCAUUUGGUUUUUUAAUCCAUAAAUUUCUGAGUUUAUUUUUCCUUCUUGAACAGAUGUGCAGCUUCUAGACAAAUCAAAACCAAUGGUAACUAUCGUGCUAGGAGACUUAAAACAAAGUCACUACUCAGGUACAUAAUUAUUUUAGCAUUUAAAUUUUACAGUAUGUACCUAUGUAAUUAUAUUUAUCCCUCACUUUACUUUGCUCAAAUGGAAAGUUUCAUUUUCUCAUUUAAUAGUGCUUUUUUACAUUUCCCCCCCCCCCCCCCCCCCUCCCUUUUGAAGUUAUUCAAAAUUUGUAUUUCAAGGUGGAAAAUGGUGCUAUUUAAGCAGUUUUAUUAUCUAAAAAUUGAUUACACAGCACUUUCUUUGCCCCUGUUUGCCCCCACUUAAGGUUUUGGGGGGGGGGGGGGCAAAAUACUCUUGGCCCCCCCCCCCCCCCCUUGUUGCGCCCCUGGUCGUAAUGAAAGCAAACAAAUUUUUUUAAAAGCAGUUUUAAUUGAUUUACAACUUUUUGAGUAACAUCCAGUGUGUGUGUGUUGUAGUUGGCUGCAUAUUUACAAUGUAUUACACUGAAGUGUUGUCUUUGUUAUAACUUACAUAUCAUGAUUAAUGAUGAGUUUUGUUUGAUGGUGGAAACAUUGCUAGGAACAUGUCGCUGGAGUAUUUUGUAAUUGUAAAUGCAUGUUGUAAUUCUUCUGCCAAAGAUGUAUAAUUUACUAUUUUAUUUAUACUUUUUUACUUUGGAUUAUUGUAUAAUUUAUUGCCUUUUCUCCUUUGUGAUAAUCAAAAAAUUGCAUCUAAGAUUACACUACAGUGAAAAUUCACUUCAAAGUAGUACCUUGCUAGUGUGUCUCCCUUAAAAGUAUGUAUAUAAUUUCAGAUUCCUAUAAGUUGUAUUCAUUCGGUAACAGUUCAACGUAAACAAAGUGCCAAAUUUGUGGGUUUUUCAGGUACCUUGUAAUGGAAUUUCACUGUAUGUAUGUACUUAGUUAUGCUAUGUUCUCUAGCCUAAUUGGUGAUCUGUGUGCUCACUAAAGUAACUAUUUAAAAUGCACUUUGAGAACUGCAUAUAACAACUGUUAACUGCAAUGUACAUAUGUUUGAGUUUAUAUAAUUACAAUAAUAAAAUACUAGAUUUUUUCCUUCACAAAACUGUAGUUUUAUUUUUGUA